UAUUGUAUCGGUUAUGUGCGAUAAUCUUGAAAUUCCAUCACUAAUUAUUAUCAAAAACAAAAAAUUAUAUUGUGAUUGCAACAGAGUCUAUUUCCAAAAUGACCGAUCCAAACGCACCCAGAGGAGCCUUAAGCUUACAGAAUGUACUGAAAUAUACGGUGCAACACCACGAUCCAAAUCCAGAUGCAGCCCCAAAGCUGGAAACAUCCGAUCCUGAGAGAGCCCAGUUUUUGGCCAAUGCCCUAAAUGCCAUGACAGUGGAUGCUGCGGCGGCUCUAAAAGCAGCUUUAGUGAUCUUGAAUAGCGAAGAGGCCAGCACGGACGACCAAAUCGAAAGCCUGGAUGUCAUAAGGAGCCACAUCGAUGACAUCGACAAUGCCAUAACGCUGGUGAAGCUCGGAGGAACCGCAACUCUACUCCGUUACAUAACUCAUUCAGAUAGCGAAGUUAGGGAGUCGGCACUCAAUACUGUCGCUGAAGUGGCGCAGAAUAAUGUAUUUUGCCAGAACGCCCUCAUAAGUGAUAAGUUUCUCCCUGCACUUGCAAAGAAUUUGAGCCAUUCAACCCCGAACACCGUGCGGUGCUCCUUGUAUGCGAUAUCAUCGCUGAUAAGGAACUUUCAGCCUGGCUACGAGGAGUUUAAACGCAUAAAGGGUAUCAGGUCCUUGAUACCCUGUCUCAAGUCCACAAAUCUGAAUGUCUACGUGAAGACAGCAUUUCUUAUUGCAUCAUUAACUUCAAUCGAGAAGUCUGUCAGAGAUGAUUUUGUAAAGGAAGACGUGUUUCCUGUGCUAGUGGAAAACCUAAAGCCUGUGGAAGACUUUGACAUCAAACAAGAAACAACUCUUUUUGCACUUUCGUCACUUUCCCGGGAAUCGGAGUUAAAACUCUCUACGGAAAAACGAGAGGAAAUCCUGUCGAAACUUGAACAAAUUAUUUCGAAAAACAAACAGUCGGAAACAUGUGAAGACAUGGUUAAUUAUGCAAGAAAUAUUGUGGACAACUUAAGUGCACAUUAAAAACAAAUCGAUUUUUCACGUACAUAAAUUAUAAGUUAAAUAAAAAGGACUUUG